AGGCGCAAAAAUAUAAAAACUCGCGCGGACGGAUAACCGCAUUUGUACCUGCGCAGUAGUACUUCCCCAUUUUGCGCUCCCUCCUUUUUACAUCGCAACGAUAGUUCGCCCCCCUGUGUGCAUUUGCCGCCACCCCGCGUGUUGAGAAAGUUUGGCCGGCUGCGCGUUUACGGCGUGGCUACUCGUUCGCGCAACCGUAUGUGCGGAGUUGCGCAGAGGUGUGUUCCUCUGUCGAAGCGGCGCGUCAAUCAAGUGGCACUCCAGUUAGGUAGCGCGGCAACCACAUAACAGGCUGACUGAUUAACAGCCUGACUGACUAGCCACCCAACCGCUUAACCGCCCAACCGCUUAACCGCCCAACCGCUUAGCCGCUCACCCUCUCCCAAAAUGAAAGUAAAAGUAAGAACGCUUCAGAACAACGAAGAAGAAAUCAGUGUCGACAAUGAAGACACCAUUUUAGACGUGAAGAAAAAGAUAGAGGUGGCAUUCCCCGAAAUGCCCUGCGAUAAGCAGAAGCUCAUUUUUAGUGGAAAUAUAUUGAAGGACGAAAGCAAAGCGGUGGACGUAUUAAAAGAAAACGACAUAGUUAUAGUCAUGGCGUGCAAAAAGAUAUUUAGUUCGAAGAACAACCAGACGAAGGAAUCGUCAUCAUCAUCGGCAAACGUUUUAAAAAGUAAAGAAAAGACGCCUUUGCCGGCGAAUGAUGACCAGAAGAAUGCCGCUCCCACCGCAGCAGAGGAGGGAGGACAGAGCAAAAACCUCAACAACGCAGAAUCGGCCCUAGUCACGGGGGAAAAGCUAAAAGAGACCAUAGACAACAUCUGCGCUAUGGGAUUUGAAAGAGAAGCCGUAAGGAAGGCCAUGAUGGUGGCGUUUAACAACCCCAACAGAGCGAUUGAUUAUUUGACGAACGGCUUUCCAGACGAAAAUGAGGUGAACGAGAUAAGUGCAAUCAACACAAUGAAUGGGAUGAACGAAAUGGGCGCCGCCAACGCAGCGAAUGCAAUGCGUGACGUAAAUGAAACAAACGAGACUAACGAGACGAAUGAAACGAACGAUAACUCCUACGAGAGAGAAGAUAACGAAAGUGCCCCCAAUUUGCCAAACCUUCUAAAUAAUUAUAGCGCCCUUGCAGAUAACCCUAGACAGUCUGUACCAGAUAGUACAGAUCAGUUUAGAAGUUCCCCAUUUUUUAACAUCCUACGAGAUGUAGCUUUAUCGAACCCACAACGCAUUCCUGAAAUUUUAGAAAUGAUCGGAAGAACAGAUCCUUCCUUUUUAGAAUUUAUUCGAGAGAACCAAGGGGAAUUUAUAAGGGCCAUUCAAAAUUAUGGGACUAAUGACCACACAGCUAACACAGAAAAUGAUUUAAUGGCAGGUGAUGCAUUUGCCGAUCAAGGGAACCAAAAUAUUACAGACCCAAAUAAUGAAAAUUUUAAUAUUCCCAUUACGCCUCUAAACGAGAACGAAAUGGAGAGUAUUAAAAAAUUGGAAUCGCUCGGAUUCCCGAAGCACUUGGCGUUGGAAGCCUUCAUUGCUUGUGAUAAGAACGAGGAGAUGGCGGCCAACUAUUUGUUUGAGAAUAUGAAUGACUACGCGUCGGAGUAG